UACGAGUCUCUUUCAGAUUAAUUUCAAUGUUCUGAUCGAUCUGGACUGGACUAGGAUAUUUUGCUGGAUCUACAAAAUGACCCUUUCGUACAGGACUCUGCAAGUGGCGAGUGUGCCCCUCCUGUUCUUCCUUCUCUUCUGCUCCCCUCUCCUGUCUAUGUUCCUAUUCGCCUGUUUUCUCACUCUCUUGUUCAUAGACUGCGACAUAUCCACAAAGCUUCUCGAGAUUUUCGGCACCAAACCAGAGAGCAGUGAUCUGCGCAACUGUGUGGUGUGGAUCACUGGAGCGUCAGGUGGGAUUGGGGAGAAGUUGGCCUACGAGAUGAGCAAGUGUGGCUCCACUGUUGUGUUGUCUUCUAGAAAUAAAGAACAGCUGGAGAAAGUGGCCGAGAAGUGUAGAGAGCUCCAGUGCAGCGACUGUCUUGUUCUGCCUCUAGACGUAACAAACACUGACCAGCAUCAGAGUUCUUUCCAGGAAAUUGUGGAAAAGUUUGGAAAGGUGGACAUCUUGGUCAACAAUGCAGGUCGCACACAGCGGGGAUCUUUCCUUGAUGGAAAUCUGUCAGUUGAUAGGGAGCUUUUCGAACUCGAUUAUUUCUCGCAGGUGGCUCUUACUCGAGUGGUAGCGAAGGAUAUGGUUCACAGAGGGGUCAAGGGUCAAAUUGUCCUGGUUACCAGUGUCGCCAAAUAUGGUGCACCAUUUCAAAUUGGAUAUUGCGCAGCCAAGGCGGCUCUGCACGGUGCAUUUGAGGGUGUGCGUGUUGAGCUAAACAGUCAUGACAUCAAUGUGCUGUUUGCUGUGCCUGGUCCAGUGGAAUCAGCCAUCUCUGAAAACGCAUUUACAAAUACUCCAGGCCAGAGUGCGGGAGGUGGGAAAGUGAUUGACAAGCGGAUGACGGCGGAGAGGACAGCCAGACUGAUGAGUGUCUCUCUGGCCAACAGGAGUCCGGAGGUGUGGAUAUUCGAGAGACCUGUCUCCUUCUUCAUAUACUUGGCACAGUACAUGCCCACAAUGAGCAAACUGUUGUCUGUUCCCGUGUUGGAGAAACGAUUCAAGGAGUACCAGCGAGUGUUCACCAAAUCCGAGUGACUGUAUUCGGAUUGGAAAAUGAUAAUUGUUGACUCGAUAACGCGCAUGUAGCUUCAUGUUUUUGAAUACCAAUGGCAGUGCGAUAUAUAACAACAGUAGACUCCUGUGAGCAUUGUGUUUGGGAAAUUUUAGACCUUUACUAAACUGGUAGUAGUAAUGAGGUCUCGAGUUCGAAUCCCGCAAGCGCAACAGAAUUUUUUGCAAGGUGAUUUUGCUACUUACUAUACUCUGCUGCCAUUUCUCACCAGUAAAUGUUGUUGAAACUGGUAUAAAACUCUAGUGAUGUAUUUUCUAUUAGUGCCCGCCCACUC